UCGGAAAGUAUGUCUCAGCGUAUAUCGAUGUAUUUUAGGCUUGAUUAGGGAAGCUGUGGGUUUAUUUUGCCGAAAAAAGUAAGAUUUACUAGAAUUUCUUCUAAAUACCUAGUAACAAGUAAUGCUACAAAAGAAGUACUAGCAUAAUCCUUUUUUAAAAUAUUUCCAAUUUAAAUAGUAAGUAGGUUAACAUUAACAAAGAAGUUACAAUGAGUGAUAUCAGUGAUUUAGAUAGACAGAUAGAACAACUGAAACGUUGUGAAAUUAUUAAGGAAUCGGAAGUCAAAGCAUUAUGUGCCAAAGCACGAGAAAUAUUAGUAGAGGAAAGUAAUGUGCAACGAGUGGAUGCGCCUGUAACAGUUUGUGGAGAUAUACAUGGCCAGUUUUACGAUUUGAAAGAACUUUUUAAAGUUGGAGGUGAUGUUCCAGAAACAAACUACUUAUUUAUGGGAGAUUUUGUCGAUCGAGGUUUUUAUAGUGUAGAAACGUUUUUACUUUUAUUAGCUCUAAAGGUUAGAUAUCCAGACCGUAUCACUCUAAUCAGGGGGAAUCACGAGUCCCGCCAAAUUACGCAAGUUUAUGGCUUCUAUGAUGAAUGUCUUCGAAAAUAUGGUUCAAUAACUGUAUGGAGAUACUGUACUGAAAUCUUUGAUUAUUUAUCUUUGUCGGCCAUCAUUGAUGGUAAAAUAUUCUGUGUUCACGGUGGAUUGUCGCCAUCAAUACAAACUUUAGACCAAAUCAGAGUGAUAGAUCGGAAACAAGAGGUACCCCAUGACGGUCCUAUGUGCGAUUUGUUAUGGAGUGAUCCUGAAGACGCACAAGGGUGGGGAGUUUCUCCAAGAGGAGCUGGUUACCUUUUCGGAUCGGACGUUGUAGCCCAGUUUAAUACUUCCAACGACAUCGAUAUGAUUUGUAGAGCCCACCAACUUGUAAUGGAGGGAUACAAAUGGCACUUUAAUCAAACUGUAUUGACAGUUUGGUCAGCACCUAAUUAUUGUUACAGAUGUGGGAAUGUAGCCGCAAUACUAGAACUAAACGAACAUUUGCACAGAGAUUUUACUAUAUUCGAAGCAGCCCCACAAGAAGCGAGGGGCAUUCCAUCAAAAAAGCCGCAAGCGGACUAUUUCUUAUAAGUACUUUGAAUACGUUUAGUUGUAAUUUGAAAUUAUUGUAUUUUUUUAAAAGACUAUUACUCUUAAAGUUAUUCAAUUGAACUGGAGGAACAAAGAAACAUGGAAUGAAUUUCAAAUAGGUUUCACAUGUGAAUUUUUAAGACGAGAAUAUAAUAAAUAUGCCUACAAAGGCUGUACCGAUACUACCAAUAAGUACACUUUAAGUAUUGACAAGUGUUUGUAUGUAUAUUACUACAAUCUCCAAUUUUAUUAUCAAAAUAAUUAGUAUAUUUUUUAAACUAACUGUAUAUUACUGCAUCAAGUUUGUUGAGAUUUUUAUUAAGGUUCCAAUAUACAGGGGGUUCCUGGCUGAGUUUGCAUAAGUUUCCAGAGAUCUAAAAUUUCUAGAUCCUGUUUUUUGUCGCUCAAUGUUAGUCGGUGAGAUACAAGAACGGUAAACUAAUAGGAUUGCUCAUCCUCAUAAGACGUACGUUCGCCUCUUCCCGCGCUUCAGCUGACAGUUGUGACGUCACUGUAGUCCUUGUCAUGAUAGUGUGUAUUAUUA